GCGCAUGCGCAAGGCAGUAGCCGUUCAUGAUGGCGUCGAGCGCAGCGACUCGUACCGGUGCCACCGCCGUUAAAGUCGCUAAACCGAUCUUCAGCCGCGACCUGCUCGAGGCCCGGCGGAGGGUUCGAGAACUGUACCGGGCCUGGUACCGAGAGGUGCCGAACACAGUUCACGUGUAUCAGUUGGAUAUUUCUGCACGGCAGGGACGAGAGAAAGUGCGAGAAAUGUUCGACAAGAACAAACACGUCACAGAUACCCGUGUUAUUGACAUGCUGGUGAUCAAGGGGAAGAUGGAGCUGGAGGAGACCAUCAACGUCUGGAAACAGAAGACUCACGUCAUGCGCUUCUUCCACGAGACCGAGACGCCUCGUCCAACUGACUUCCUGUCCAAAUUUUACCUUGGACACGACCCCUGACCCUGUAAAUAAUGUGUCAUAUUGCAAAUACACUCGUGCUCAAACUCUUCA